AGUGAGGUUCGGGUUGUCGUCGAGUCCGCCUCGGCGCGCGCUGCCUCUCUCUCUCGCCUCGCUCCUGUCGCGCUUCGCGUCCGCGACGCCGCUGCCCGGCCCGUCCCGGCGCAGACUGCCGGGUGUCGCGCCUCCCCCGCGGCUUCAACUGCGUCUUUGUCGGCGUGUGGUGGUGUUCCUGCGCCUCCGGGCGACACCCCGCGACGUCCUCGCGUCGUACCCUCACGUGUGUGUGGGUGUGUGUGUGUGCUUGUGACUAUUUGUGUUUGCGACUGUGUUCGUGGCUGUUUGCACUUCGCUGCACAACCACGACCCCACUCCGGGGACUCUGUGUUGCCUCCCGUGAGUGCAGCCGAUUUCCUGUGGAUUUGACUCGCAAUACUAAGAGGAUACAGCGCUCGAGCGGUCGGCACAAGCUGCUUCACGUUACUCUCGGCGUGGUGAUGCGGGACCAGGUCGCCGAUGGAGCGGCCUCAGGAUACCACUGAACUCAGGUGGCGAGCCAUGGAGCCGUGACGGCCCAGGAUGACUCUGGCCAUCGGGGCGGGAAAGGCCUUCCCGGAGUACCAGCAGCAGCCACCGCCGCAGCAGCCGCCCCCGCAGCCACCGCCCCAGGGGCUGGGGGGGCCUCUCGGCGGCGGGGGUCCUCUGGGUGGCGGCGGCCCGCUUGGGGGGCCACUCGGGGGCUACCUGCAGCAGGCGCCGCCCUACGAGCAGCACCGCCAGCAUGCCCUGCACCACCCGCACCCCCUGCCGGCCGCGGCCGCCACACCACCACCCUCCUCGCCGUCGUCCACCACCACCGGCCCAGGGGGCCUGUCCGCGUCCAACAACUGCUGCUGCCCGACGUCCUCCUCGUCGUCCUCCUCGCCGUCCUCGGGGUCGUCGGCCUCGUCCAGCCGUCGCGGCAGCCGCAGUAGCCGUGGCGGCGCGGGGGCUGGCGACGACCCUGGCGUCGGCGGCGACGGCUCGGUGGCCUGGUACUGCUGUUGCUGCUGUUCCUCGCCGCGCGCGGCACGCAAGAGGCGGUCCCUGCUUGCCAGCGUGGGGGUGUGCGUCCUGGUGCUCGUGUACACUCUGCUGGGCGCCUUCGCCUUCAUGGCGCUUGAGGGCUCCGGCUUCCGCACGGCGCCGCUGCCGCCUGUGACGCGUGCGAGCGCGCCCGCUCACGACGACCUGCGCACCAAGACGGUGGAGAAGCUGUGGAGCAUCACCGAGGACCUCAACAUCCUGUACAAGGACAACUGGACGCGGCUGGCCGCGCAGGAGGUGCUGCGCUUCCAGGACAUGCUCGUGGAGAAUAUCAAGCAGAGCGGGGCCGACCUCAACGCUGGCACCGCCAAGGGGACGGUGGCGGCCGCCUCCAAGGAUACUGCGGCCGCCGUGACUAAGGCCGCGACCACGGCCGCCAGCACCUACCAACCUCACCACCGCUGGACGUUUCCUUCCUCCUUUCUCUACUCGCUUACGCUCAUCACGACCAUAGGUGAGUGAAAACAAAUGCGACAACGUAUUCAUUUUCAAUA